AUGUCUUCCAAAGACACAUCUUGUUACCGACCCAGAGCCCAGAUCACAGAGAAGCCAGCAGAUGGCAGCAUGCAUUUCACCAUCAUGAAGCAUCCCAAGGAAGCUCUAGAGGUCAUGAGCAUCCUGCGGCGCUCAAAGAAACUUUGCGAUGUCACUCUUGUGGUUGGAGAGGAGAAGAUCAUGGCACACAAGAUUGUCCUAGCAGCAGCAAGUCCUUAUUUCCGGGCCAUGUUUACCAGUGGCAUGAGGGAGGAAGAGAUGACCACAAUUCCACUGCACGGAAUCUCACCCUGCACCCUGGCGCAGCUAGUAGAGUUUGCUUACACUGCCGAAGUUAAUAUAAAAGAAGGCAACGUGUGCUAUCUCUUGCCAGCUGCCACUAUGUUUCAGAUGAACCAUGUGGUGGAAGCCUGUACAGUGUUCUUAGAGCAUCAGUUAGACCCUAGUAACUGCAUAGGGAUAGCAGAUUUUGCUAGUGAACACGGCUGCUUAGAGCUGGAAGGUAAAGCUAGGAAGUAUAUUAGAAAGCAUUUUUGCGAGGUAAUUCAGUGUGAUGAGUUUCUGGUACUGAGUCCUUGCCAGAUGAUUAACCUGGUGAAGCAGGACGAGCUGAAUGUCCAGUGUGAAUCCGAAGUUUUCAAGGCAGUUAUUCGCUGGGUGGAGCAUGACCCGGAGAGAAGACUUGAAAUUCUUGAAGGGCUUUUGUCUUCCGUACGUCUCAAUUUUCUGUCUCCGAAAUUCUUAGAGCAGCAGCUGAAAAGUUGUCAUUUGUUAAAGAAGAUGCCCAAGUGUAUUGAAACCAUAUCCGAGAAGUUAAAAGGCUUGAAGCUUCACCAGAAGUGUUCGGAUUUACCCAGGAGGCCCUGUGCUCCACUGGUAGUGUUUUGUGCUGGUGGCUAUCUGAGACAGUCUUUGAGUAACUUUGAGUGUUAUAACCCCAAAAAUAAGCAGUGGCUGCGGCUGCCUGAUUUACCCAUGCCGCGGAGUGGGUUGGGGGCCUGUAUGGUUCGGGGAGCGCUGUAUAUCAUCGGAGGCAGGAACAACUCACCGGACGGCAAUGUGGAUCUUAGCAGUCUGGAUAUGUACGAUCCCAUGAGGAAUGUGUGGAUACCCAAGCACCCCAUGAAUUAUCCACGUAAUCGAGUAGGAGUUGGUGUUAUAGAUAACAUGAUCUACGCUGUGGGAGGCUCACAUGGAACUGCACAUCAUAACUCAGCAGAAAGGUAUGACACAGAAAACGACUGCUGGACAGAAAUAGCAAGUAUGUCUUCCAGACGUAUAGGAGUUGGCUGCGCUGUCUUGAACAGGCUGCUGUAUGCAGUGGGCGGCUUUGAUGGGCAGAAUAGAUUGUGCAGCGUGGAGUGCUACGAUCCUGAACACGACCAGUGGACGGAGAUCAAGCCUAUGAACACAAUGAGGAGUGGUGCAGGUGUCAUUGCCAUGGACAGCUUCAUCUAUGCAAUCGGAGGCUAUGACAGCAGUUGUCAGCUGCGGUCGGUGGAGAGGUACAGCAUAGACAAGAACCAGUGGGAGUUUGUGGCUCCCAUGAGCAGUCCUCGGAGCGCGCUCAGCGUGGCAGUCAUAAGUAACCAGCUGUUUGCACUGGGUGGCUAUGACGGCACUGACUUUUUGUCAUCAGUGGAGUCGUAUUGUGCCGAGGGAAACAGAUGGGAUGAAGUCACCAACAUGACCUGUGGACGCAGCGGCCAUGGAGUUGCGGUGGGAGCAGAGCCGCCCAUUAAGUGA